GUCGUAAUUGGCGGUGUGCUUAAAUCGGGGGAUGACUGUCGGUUGUGUGUACAAUCAGGGGCGUUUCCCUGUACCUCCUAAAUUCGAUUUUAGGGUCUUGCCUUUGCGAGGGAGAAAAGUUACUGUAGUUUCGAUCAUUGGAGACUAUGACAUAUUACUUGGCGAAUCUCAAUUUGUUAAUAUAUUCAGUUACAUUGGGAAAAAAUUUCCCCUUCACGGAAUUCCUAGGAAUUAUGUCGAAGGUUACUAUGACUGCGAUAACCAGGUCAUAUUUUUGAUCUUCAACCACUUGCAACUAGAAAGUUUGUUCAGAGGUUAUGAAAAUCGUUCACAGACAUCUGAACGAACAACGAAACUUCUUGAUUAUACUCUCCUGAAAGUCUUAUAUUUCCUCCUUAUUGUAUCUCAUUUUAUUGUUAUUACUUGCAUAGGAACAAACCUGAGUCCAGACUUUAUCCGCAUAUUUAAAUUGUUGGAUAAAAUCAGAAUAAGAAUGUGUUCUUCAGUUGAUAAUUAUAUUCGUGAUCUCCCUCUACCUCGAGAGUGGUUAAACAACGGACGUGCUUCUGUUCCAAGACUACUUUUCGUUUUCAAACUUCGACCUGCUCAACUUAGAAUGAUGAAGGAUUGGAAGAUGGUUAAACGGUUAGAACCGAAAAUUGUUACUCAAAUAUUCAAUACAUUUUAUGAAACUGGUCUUAUUAGCACGAUUCCUGCAAAUCACCUGUUUAUGCUUCCAGGGCAUAAUUUUGUACAUGUUCUUUAUGACAAUGAAUGCACUAAUGGAGAAACUAAUCGUGGAAUAUAUUGUGAUGAUUUGGCUCAGCAUUAUUUUGAAUUCAUUAUGAACAAUGUUAGUGACAUUUCAAGCUUGUCUGUUGAUAAAAUCCCUAAUCUUACUGGAUCUUCAACACUAUUUUCAUCAUCUAGUGAACAGCAAGAACAAGAACAACAAUAUGACCCAAGAGAUUUAUUCUCACCACCAUCACCAUGGAACUAUCCUGGACCGGAUCAGCCUACAGACCAUAGUUUACACUCAUUUCUGCGUUUACAUGUGUCGAACAUGUUCGAUCAAGCGAUGAAUAGAAAUCCAUCUUAUGGUUACACUUCACCAGCCUACGAAUUACCAACAUGUAAAGCAUGGUUCAUGGCGUGCUAUAGGAUAUAUACAAGUUUAAUGUCAGAUGACCAUCUAAUUACGGCGCCAAACUCUGGAAUGACAAGUGGUCAAAGUAACUCAACAUCUUAUACAACCGGUGGCAAAGGUACAACAAUCGCGGGAAUUAGCCUGUCACAAUCAUGGCAUAAUACACUGACCUCAAUCUUGUGUCCUACACUGACAACAUCAACAUUGACUGUAGCUCAGAAACAAACACAACAAAAAUCCGUUAUUGAUGAGGAAGAAGAUUUGUUAGCCUCAAAUUAUAGUAAUCCUUGGUCUAUUACAGAUCCAAUUAAUCGUUUUGCUGCUGUUCGUUAUCGAACUGCAAUCUCUGCGGCUGAAACGCAUUACAAGCAAGAUUUACCUGUUCACUAUUCGUAUACUUACCAUAUGAUUAAAGUUGUUUCUGCAUAUAAUGUCGUCAUUGGUUUAAUCCGUGGUCAUUCAGUGUUUCGGUUGUUAGAGAAACUGGCAAAUCGACUAACUUAUCUCUAUGUAGCUGGACGUGUUGUCUGUCCAGCUUUAUCGUUAACAGGUCAAACCUGUCAACAUGAAUUCCAUCGUGUACCAGAUGAUUUGAACACUCUUCAGACUAUUCUUUCAACAAUAGAUGAAAAAAGUAAAGAAGACAUUGCAGCUUUUAAUGACGAUGCGAAUUAUUCACAUCAGCAUCAGUAUGGAUCGAAUUCUACUACAAACCAGUUAACUGGAAUUGAUUUGAAGGCUAAAGAGGAAUAUAUUAUUCCUUCUGGUCUCAGUAGAAAAUGGAAACGUUAUUGGUUAGAAUGUGCCAUCAAAGAUUUAGCAAAUACUUCACGACAUAAGAAAGUAUUAAAUAAUGAAAAAACCAGUGGUAAUACAAAUCCAGGUCAACAUUUAGCCGUGAUGCCGCAUCGUUCUAAUACCGUGACAAUAAGUUCAUGUUCUUGUGGUCGUCAACAAGCUGAGCGGCUUGAUCCAUUUGAUUAUAAAGAAGCUAAUUGGAGAUUUUAUCAUAUUCUAUCGAAUGUUUGUUGUAAUAAGUUAGGUAGUAUUCCAUUAUCUCCACAAAUUCUCUCCGAUCCACAUCAUAUAUUCUGUUUACCAAAUGAAUUGAAUGAUGAGGAUCAUUCACCAUGUACUACUGAGAACACAGUAUUCAAUCCACUCGAUGAGAAAAGUAUAUGCAUUUUAACAAAACCCAAAGAUUCAUCACCAUCGAGUUCAAGUCUUACGCAUAAAUCAGAACAGGAAGAAGAAUCUAAGUCAACAAUUCAUGGUGAUAAUAACAACAAUAAUGAUAAUGUUGUAGGCUUUUCACAGCCUGAGGAUAAUGACCUAUUAUUAUUGUCAGCGGAAUCUAAUCAUUCAGAUUCAAGUGAUGAAACGAUAAAUAGAAAGUCAAGUGAUUCAGAAGACUGCCGACAUAAUGAAUACACUGAUGCUAUUGACAAUUUGUCUGGAAGUGACUUAUCACAAAAUGAUACCGCUAUGUGUAAUCCAGAGCUCCCUGCCAAGGAAACUAAAGUCAAGGGAGUAAUCAAAGUAUUGAGUAAAGAAGAUGAAAAGAAGGGCGUCAGUUCUCAUUCAUCUGCGGAAUCAAAAGAAAACUUGACAGCUAGUAUACAAGCGCCUAUUGAAACAGAAGGCUCUAGUUCUGUUAAUCCAGUAACUUUAUAUCCUGCUGUGUUUCGUGAUGGUGUACCAAACACAAAUUGGUUAGUUGGUGAUAUACCACGUUAUCCAUCCUGGUCUAUUUAUACACUUGGAAAAUACUACAGUUAUUCUCAUUCAUCAGGCCUACCUUGCCGAGGAUUUCUCCGCAAUAGUAAUUUCUUACUUCCUUGGGAUGUAUCACUAACGAACAAUACGUGGAAUGCACCUGAACGAGGACGUUUCAAUAAGCCUGGUAGAGGCAGACGUGGAGGAAGACCAGAUUCAGACACAGUGAAAUUAUUUAUUGGCUUUGAAAUGGAAUGUUCUAUGGGUCAUCGAUUCUUUAUAACUGGAAUUGAUCGAGUUAUGGAUGGACCUAUGCCAAGCAGUCAAGUUCGCCGAGCUGUUCACUUACUGUUGACACGUGAUCUACCUAUUUUUAUGCCCUGUGAAUGUCAGCACUCGACGACUUCACAUAUGUUUGGGGAUACACGGCAUCCAGCAACUACUAAUGAAUGGGAUAUCGAGUAUACUAGUACACUGAGAUCGUCUAGUUAUACAAAUAAUCAAACAGUGAUGGCACAAUUGUCACGAAUUUAUUUAGCUAUACCAUCUGCUCCUAUUCGAGUUCGUGUCCAACCGUGUGUACGACCUGGUCCACCUAAACAUACUCCAAUAUUUCAUCUAGGUCAUACAAUGGAUCAGUGUUCUGAUAAAAGAUUUGAUAGUUUGUCAGAUUUUGAAUAUGAACAAAACUAUGGAUUUGAUGAUGACUGCUAUAUUUAUGAGGAUUGUGCUAAACAAGAUGUAAAAUAUCAUGGUACUAGUCAAAGUGAAAGAUAUCAAGCGCCAGGUUAUGUAACAUUGGAUAAUGGAUAUUUAUGGGUGAUCCGUCUACCGUAUCCUUACAUUCGAUUAUUUUGUGAAAUAUGUUUGGAAUUUUAGUAUUCACAGAGUUGUACUAAAUAAGAGUGGUGUGUUGAUUAUAAUUCCUUGUCCUAAGUAUGCACUAUUUGACACAAGGAUAGAAAUUGUCCCAAGUACCCAAGUAUUCUCAGAUUCAGUAUGCAAAAUAUAGCAGGAAUAGUCAGUUGAGCACUGUUCACACAGACUAAGUGAAAGCAAUGAUAACCUGCAGAAUUUUAUAUCCAUUGUAGUGAUCAGCUGACUUUGCAUAGUCAAUAAGGAGUGACACGUUUUUCUAUUGUCAAGGUCUUACUAGAGAUUUUCUCAGACGAAUUAUUAUUGUUUAUUGUAAGUACCUUCUGCACAUCUUAUUAGACUUAAACAGAUUAGAACCAUUGUUGGUAUUAGAUGGUUAGAGAAAAUAGGCAGGAAGCUCUACCUGAUCUAGGUUUCGUGCUAGUUGGCACUCGUCAGCAAGGUGUAUCUGCAAAUCAUGUCUAAUCUGAGAUUCGAACCCCUGUUACCCAGUGAGUACUGCAAUCAGAGACGUUACCACUGAGCUAUUCAGACUCGCAAUUGACCUCAUGUAGGACUGUAUUGUACACUGGUUACCGACUAGUGUCCAAUCAAAAAUAUCCAAUGCAGUCCUACGGGAGGUCAAUUGCCAGCCUGAAUGGCUCAGUGGUAACGUCUCUGACUGCAGUACUCACUAGGUGGCGCAGGUUCGGAUCUUAGAUGGGACAUGAGUUCCUUUGACAUUGCAGAUAUGCCGUGAUGACUGACUGGUGAGUGCCAACAAGCACGAAACCUAGUUCGAGCAAGGCUUCCUGUGGCCGAUUGCCUCCAACCAUCUAAUACUAACAAUUCACAGUGCACUGUGAUGGCGAGCCAACUAGUGGCAUAGUGGCCACAUUGCAAGCUUGACCGAUAGAAUUCAGCCUGCACCAAAUAUAGGACCAGGCACAUUACACUAGUUAAUGACUAAUGUCCAAUCAAAAAGAUUAGACUAGUGAAUUUCGAUAUAUGAUGAUGAAGUAAAUGUCACUCCAUACAGGUUUUUUUUGCACUAAACAACAUGUCAAUAGGUAAAGUUAUGUACAGAUUAGAGCUGUUUAAACCCCUAUAAUUAGUGUUGGAUGAUUCAAUUGUUUAUGUUUAGCCCCCCCCCCCCGCCCUAUGUAGUGAUGAUAUUCAGGCAAAUGUUAGACGCCAAAUACAAAAGCGUCUUUAAAAAUUUCUCGUAACGUCCAAUUAUUGAAAUAACUGUCUAUUAAAUACUCUGACAUGCUAUAUAGUAUUAUAUUGAAAUCUGGAAUGAUAUUUAGGUAUCGUAAAAUUGCAAUGAUUUAAUUAACUGUUUUUUUUCCUUAACAAUUAUAUCAUAAAUAUUGUUUGUUUAAUUUUUAACAAAUAAAAGAUUUGUUUAUCAUGAUGGAAAUAGACAUUAUCCGAAACCAUUGUAUCCAGGUGAACGUAAUGAUUGGAAGCUACUCAGAGGAAGUAUAAAACUAAUAAUAUGAACGUAUAAUGUACAGUAUUAUGGAUUACUCUCCCUCUCUCUCUCUCUGCCUAUCUCCUUCUCUUAUCAACGUGUAUAUAUAAUUUACUUUGAAAAUAUACUGCUUAUAAUAAAUACACUCGCAGAUUUAUUAAUCUUUAAUUUCAUACCGACUGUCACAUUUGGAGGACCAUCAUAAUUGGUGGGAGCAGGGGAGGAAAAUGAGAUGGUGGGGAGAUGUGGUGAUAUUGUAACAGCAGAAGACAAGAGCCUGGCAAUAGAUUGUCUAUUAAGGAAAUCAACACAUAUUUAUGGAUUUUCAUGUACAUAUAAUGGACUAUUGUCAGCAGAAAAACAGUCUUCUGAUUGGUUAUUUCUCACUGAAAGUUAAUCCUUCAUCUCUUUCUGGCUGUUUCUAGAAUGUCAGAUCAUCUAUAUGUUAACCGUAUCCGCCUACGC